UCUCUUCAGUCCAAAACUCCUCCUCUUCACUCUUUUUCUAAAACACUGCCAACUUUUUCUCUGCUCUGCAUUACACAUCACAACCAAUGGCUUGUCUGGAGAUAUGUAAUAAAGAGAUGCAGGGUAAUAAGUUAAAGGAGGAUGAAGAAGAAGAAUGCACUUUCGAUGGAACAGUUGAUUGGAAUGGUCGUCCCGCCAUUCGACACAAAUCUGGACAAUGGACUGCUGGAAUUAUCAUACUCUUGAACCAAGGUUUGGCAACCCUUGCAUUCUUUGGCGUAGGAGUGAACUUGGUGCUGUUCCUGACGAGAGUCUUACAGCAAAACAAUGCCGAUGCUGCUAACAAUGUUAGCAAAUGGACCGGAACUGUCUACAUCUUCUCCCUUGUCGGAGCUUUACUCAGUGAUUCCUACUGGGGGAGAUACAAAACAUGUGCCAUUUUCCAGGUCAUUUUUGUCAUUGGUCUGGUAUUACUAUCAUUGUCAUCGUACCUUUUCCUUAUUAGACCAAAAGGAUGUGGUGAUGAAAUGACUCCAUGCGGGUCUCAUUCAAGCAUGGAAAUUGGAUUCUUCUACCUCUCAAUCUAUCUAAUUGCACUAGGAAAUGGUGGUUAUCAACCUAACAUUGCUACAUUUGGAGCUGACCAAUUUGACGAAGAGGAUCCUAAAGAAGGAUACUCGAAAGUAGCAUUUUUUAGCUACUUUUAUCUAGCUCUCAAUCUAGGCUCACUCUUCUCCAACACUAUAUUAAGCUACUUGGAGGAUAAUGGUAUGUGGGCGUUAGGCUUUUGGGUCUCCACCGGCUCUGCGUUGGCCGCAUUAGUGUUGUUUCUUGGCGGAUCAGCUAGAUACAGACACUUUAAGCCAACUGGAAACCCUCUUUCCCGAUUCUGCCAAGUUAUAGUUGCUGCAAUGAAAAAAUGGAAGGCGGAUAUGCCGCCUGAUGUUGGCGAGUUGUACGAUGUUGACAGUAAAGAUUGCUCUGCGGCUGGCAAUAGACGGAUACUCUAUACUGAUGGAUUCAAGUUCUUGGAUAGAGCAGCUUUCAUCUCAUCGAGAGAUUUGGAUGAGCAGAAGCAGGGCCAUCAGAAUUUGUGGCAUCUGUGUCCAAUUACACAAGUUGAAGAAGUGAAAUGCAUACUGAGACUACUGCCAAUUUGGCUUUGCACCAUAAUUUACUCUGUUGUCUUUACACAAAUGGCCUCUUUAUUUGUAGAGCAAGGCGCCGCAAUGAAAACUACUGUCUCCAAUUUCAAAAUCCCUGCUGCCAGUAUGUCUAGCUUUGACAUUAUCAGUGUCGCGAUUUUCAUUUUUCUUUACCGGCGAGUUCUCGAUCCUCUCGUAGCAAGGUUGAGACGAAACUCUAAAUCAAAAGGAUUAACCGAACUUCAACGAAUGGGAAUCGGUCUUGUGAUAGCAAUAAUGGCUAUGGUUUCAGCCGGAAUUGUAGAAUGUUAUAGACUCAAGUAUGCUAGUAAAGACUGCACGCACUGUGAAGGAUCGAGCUCCUUGAGCAUAUUCUGGCAAGUUCCUCAAUACGCACUCAUCGGAGCGUCGGAGGUUUUCAUGUACGUCGGUCAAUUAGAGUUUUUUAAUGCACAAACACCGGAUGGUCUCAAGAGUUUCGGAAGUGCACUUUGUAUGACAUCUAUCUCACUCGGGAACUACGUUAGUAGCUUGCUCGUGACCAUGGUUAUGAAAAUCUCGACCGAGGAUCACAUGUCCGGAUGGAUCCCAGGAAAUUUGAACAAGGGUCAUCUCGACAGGUUUUACUUCCUUUUAGCUGGUUUGACAACCAUAGAUUUGGCUGUGUAUAUGGCAUGCGCUAAGUGGUACAAGUGUAUUAAACUCGAAGGAAAACGCAGCGGAAACUGCGGUGCAGAAGAGGAUAACUACCAAGUCUGAUUUGAAUUCGAGCAAAGAUCAAACAAGACAUUUAACAGCUACACUGCCUGCAGAUAAAUAAAGAUGGAGGCGUUACGAUUGCUAUAAAAAAAUUCUAUGUUUCUACGGAAACCCGGUUGUUGUUUCAGUUUUAAGAGUUGUAAAGGAGGUGAUGGUCUGGUUUGAUGCUAAUUUAUUGGGUUUUGCAGACAAGCCAUAGAAUUAGAUAUGUGCUUGUAACAAAGUGAAUGUAAAAAUAGAGUUGGCUCUUUGUAGAAUAUUGUAGAAAAAGUUGAUGAAAGCUUCUCUGUUCAACAAUAAUACAAAAUUGCCUCCUUUCCUCCAAAAUAAAUCUCUUACCUGCUGCUACUUUAUUAAUAUCAAUUGGUCAUAAUUUUACUUAUCUAAA